AUGCGGGUGUCUCCAGCCCUACUUUGCUUAUUUCUCGCCUCGAUCUCAAGAGCCCUGAACAAUGAGGGCAGCGCCAUUCUACGUCGCAAUGCCGAGAUAGAAGCGCGUCUAGCAGAUGGACCCGUCUACGGCGUGCGAAAGAUGAGUACCGAUGAAGGCGAGAAGUUCUAUCUUGAGUAUUGGCAUUUUGAAGAUGCCGUGCAGGGUGGUCUAUCGGAAAGGGAUCUUGCGGAGGUGAACACUACCUCGAGAGACACAUCCAACAGCGAGGAUGCGACGCAUCAGAAGGGACCUGUCGGAAACAUGGGGACUGAAGUCUCACCGGCGCAAUUUCUGGCUAGAUCAUACGCCUUUCAACCAUCUUUUGAGCCGGAGUCUGGUGUGACGGGGGGUUGUUGGAGUCGCGGGAUUUCAAGUGCCCCACGGGCACGAGCGCUUGUACAUCUAUCAACCGGUCUGAUCGGUGCUGCAGUACCGGUGAUACUUGUGUGCAUUUAUCUCCGUGGUUACAGUGACGAUAGACUCGAGCGUGACCAUCUCAACAGUAACCCACACAACUUCCCAACAAACAAGCCACUCCACAUCAUCCAGAUCAAGCUCCAGCUCCAGCAGCAGCAGCAGCUCAAAAUCAACAACAAAAAGCACCAGCACAGAAAGUCUCGCCCCACCAGCCCGCGGAACCAGCAUCACAACAACAACCCACUCAUCAACAACCCGCAUCGACCUCUGCCCAACGGGCUUCUACGCCUGCUCAGCCGUGUACAACGGCGGCUGCUGCCAAACAAACCGAGACUGCGACACAACAUCCUGCCCGACGACGUCUUCGACGACAUUCACCUCUGA